AUGAGCAACUCCGACGAGGCAAAUACCCUCAAACUCAUCACUCCCACCUUCACACCGUCAUCCUCCUCUACUGCCGAAUCUGCCGGCGUCACUUCCAUCAUCAAGUCUCUCUCGCUCAUUGAGCACGUCGAAGGCGGCUACUUCGCAGUCACCGACGUCAGCAACACCUUCAUCCCGUCACCCUAUCCCGAAGAGCCCCUCUCGCAGCGCACCAUUGAUCUCGUCAACGGCCUCCCUGCCGACUACGACCCUUCCAAGCGGCGGCUUUCUACUACAAUUUUCUACUACUUGACGCCCAACCGACCCAUGGGCUCGUUUCAUCGUAACCGAAGCCGCAUCAUUCACAGUCUUCACCGUGGCCGCGGCCGCUAUGUUCUCAUCCACCCGGAUGGCCGUAUUGAAUCAUUUGUCGUUGGCCACAACGUGGAGCGCGGAGAAAAGCUGCAGUGGGUAGUGGAAGGGGGCGCCUGGAAAGCAAGCUUUCUACUCGCUGAUGAGGAUGGUCAGUCCAAUAGCGAUGGCCUGCUCAUCUCGGAAACCGUCGUGCCUGGCUUUGAGUACGCUGAUCACGAGUUUCUCUCCCAAGAACGCUUGGUCGAAGUGCUCCCUGAAGGCAAAGCUAAGGCUCUUCAGUGGCUAGUUAAACACUAG